CCGCCCUUGUAAGUCCUUUUCCGACUAUCUAUUCUUCUUAAUAUUGAUAGUAUUACUCAGAACCUCGUCAUUUUGCUAGAGGGCUGCACCGAAAGCAUUCGUCAUCGUGCUUCCUAAGUACUGUCUCCACCCACCAAUAUUGCGCUGCCUAGCACGCCCUAUCGUGACCGCCUACACACUGCAGCUGCUGCCUCUUGCGUUCUGUCACCUCACUGCGCCCUCUCGCCCUCUCUUGCGUCAUUUUAGUGGGUUUACCUCUCUUUCUUACCACAGUCAGUUUUUCCUGCCUUCUUCUGCCCACAAUAUUUACCCGCUAGCAUUUCCUCCACCAUCUCACAUCAUCCAUGGUAUUUUUUCUUCUUCUUCUGUCUCUUCCAUUUUAUAUAUCAUCCAUCGUGCGCCCGCUACUACAUUGUGCAUGUAAGUUUUAUUAUUUUCCUUGUCUUCUAAACUUGAGUAGCCUUCUGCAUCCUCUCGCAUCAUCUGAAACUGUACUCCGCCCUCUUGCACAAUCUUACAUCUUUCUUGGAUUCUCUCGUGCCUUCUCGUACCGUCUAGCGUUGUCUCGCAUUGCCAUUAAUUUCACUUUUUCUCUUACUUUAUUGUGAUAAAAUGAGAACACAUAUAGGUUCAUUACCCGUACAAGGGACCA